UCCUCUGUGGAGCAGAACCUGCUCUUCCGUCCUACCUGUUCCUCGGUCCAGCGGUGUCCUCACCACCGCUGGUUUCACCGGCUGUCUUCUCUCCCUGGCGCCAGCAUCUUUAGUGUCUGCAGUCUCUGGUCAUCUCCUGUAGUAUGUCUGCAGUCUCUGGUCAUCUCCUGUACUAUGUCCGCAGUCUCUGGUCAUCUCCUGUACUACGUCCGCAGGCUCUGGUCAUCUCCUGUACUACCUCCGCAGUCUCUGGUCAUCUCCUGUACUACAUCCGCAGUCUCUGGUCAUCUCCUGUACUAUGUCCGCAGUCUCUGGUCAUCUCCUGUACUGUGUCCGCAGUCUCUGGUCAUCUCCUGUACUAUGUCUGCAGUUUGGGUCAUCUCUUGUAGUAUGUCCUCAGUCUCUGGUCAUUUCCUGUACUAUGUCUGCAGUCUCUGAUCAUCUCUUGUACUAUGUCUGCAGUCUCUGGUCAUCUCCUGUACUAUGUCUGCAGUCUCUGGUCAUCUCCUGUAGUAUGUCUGCAGUCUCUGGUCAUCUCCUGUAGUAUGUCUGCAGUCUCUGGUCAUCUCCUGUACUAUGCCUGCAGUCUCUAGUCAUCUCCUG